AUGGAUUCCGUGGAAAACCUCCAAGGCUCACUAGAGCGGAUUUGUGCGGCGAUUACUGCCCAAGGAUCUACCGUGGGGAGACAUGAUCAAGCGCUUACAACCCAGGGGCAGCAGAUACAAGAAAUACUACAGACGGUACAUGCUCUUUCUGAUCAGCUUAACCCUGUUCCACCUGUGUCUGUCCCUGAACCCGUUGAUGCUCCCAACGUGUUCCCGAGCGCAUUGAGUUUUCAACCCCCCGAGAGGUUUGAUGGCUCUUCGGACGCUUGCCAAGGGUUUUUAAUGCAGUGCAGUGUUUAUAUGAAGUAUCACCCCCUUUUACGCUCUGACAGUGAGAGAAUUCAUUUUUUGAUCUCACUUCUCACUGGCAAAGCACGGCGAUGGGCCACCGCGUUGUGGACGGCCGAUAGCCCACUUCUUACUUCAUACGAACAAUUUUGCCACCAGAUUGCCGUGGUUUUUGAUCACCCUGCAGCUGGUAGAGAUGUGGGCAGCCGCCUCGUGUUUCUGGCGUCACGCACCGCAGCCGAUUAUGCCCUUGAUUUCCGCACCCUUGCCGCUGGCAGCGGGUGGAGUGACCCCGCUCUUCUAACUGUCUACCGCCUGGGUUUGAGCAGUCAGCUGUAG